UCCUGCUUUCAUCCAGCACAGCAGAGGGCAGUAAAGAGUGACCGACCGUUCAAACGACAUACUUCUAGUUCCGUUUCGUUCCGUAGCUUGCAGCAUCAAUCUAAGCAAAGAAAAAUACGACUUACCAUCACAAUGGCUGAGGUGGAAGAGACGAUCAAAAGGAUUCAGAGUCAGAAAGGAGUACAAGGAAUCAUCAUUGUUAAUGCAGAAGGCAUCCCUAUCAAAAGCACUCUUGACAACUCAAGCACAGUUCAGUACGCUGGUAAUGUCCACCAGCUGCUCAUGAAAGCUCGGGGAAUGGUGAGGGACAUCGACCCUCAAAAUGAUCUCACCUUUCUCAGAGUCCGAUCAAAGAAGAAUGAGAUUAUGAUUGCCCCAGACAAGGACUAUUUCCUGAUCGUCAUUCAAAAUCCUACAGAGUAGCCGUGGAUUCUUCAUAUUUGCCGAAAGUGUUUCAAUUCAUGUUCUAGGAAAGUGAAGUUCUUGCUUAUUGCAAAUAUUCAGUUUGUACUGCUGUUGCUUAUCAUUCCAAUAAUAUGCUCUUUAUUUCGUAAUUUAUUGUUUUCUCAUAUUGUCUCUUUUGCAUCUACUUCAGCUGUUCAUCAUCUUUAAGCAUCAACAUGACACUAUGACACACUCUACUUGUUUGUGUAUGCUAAAAGGACAAAUAAAACAACAAUGCAUUUCCUUUCA